AUGGGCCUCCCCACCUGCUCGCCUAACAGCUUCAGUUCCCGGAGCCCUGCAGGCCUGAGCAGACCCAGCAGCCGCGCCGACGACGCCCGGCUUUCCGGAGCCGGCCGCUUUGUUCUGGGCCGCACGGAGAAGAAGGCAUAUUGUGGGGAUGCCAAAGCCAAUGUGAAUGUGCCCCGCUGCUCCAGUGUACCCGGCGUACCCUGGAGCAUCUUGUUGGAGAACGUGGAAGGGAGCCCGACGAAGAAUGUAGCAACUGCCAAGUUCAAGGACCCGGCAUUCAAAUCGGCCCUAAAUCCAGAACCUGCAUCUUGGAUCUGUGAAGUGGGCUCGGCCCUGGGAUCCGUGCAGACGAGUGAGGGAUCGGAUGCUCUCAAGCAGUGGCUGUCUCGCUGGCAGCAGCAAAUGCAACAGCGGAACCUCCAAGCUAAAGCCAUCCUUUCCACGACCUUCCAGUUGAAGCCUGCCCGUGUCAAAGGUCUUGAUGCACCAAAACAGGAGUGGUGCAGGCUCAGCUGCAAGGCAAAGCGGGCCAUCCAGCAGUGGGUUGCAGGAGACAUCGGAGGACGUCACUGCUUGAUGCUCCUGGAGCACGAUGCAGCGAUAGACUUCUUCAUUGCCCCGCUUGAUCACAAGGAAAUGUCCGCCUCCGACGUCGGAUCGGGCGGCGCUCUUUGUGCGCUGUCUGGACUGCCCUUGGACGCACCAGGCAGCCGUGAGGGUGGCUGGCUGUACAGAGAAGUGUUCUCCAAAACUCCAGCAAUGGUUUUGGAAGAGGCACUGCAGGCGGCAAGCGCCGAAGCGGAAUGUGGUAAAGCUGUGAGCGCAGACCAGGUGAACCUCGGCCUGAGGCAACUGGCAAUGAAGGCCCAGGCCGAUGGAAUGCGCUCACUGCUCAGCAGUCAAGAACCCAACGGGCCACGCUGCUCCGAUGAGUACAUGAGGACUCAAGUUUGGCUGGAGCUUGUGCGCCGGCACCUGGCCGAAGCACCCAAAGGAGGGCAGAGCUCCGCCUUUCUCAUCCACGCGAAGCCCAAGGCUCGCCCAAAGCGCACGGGUGAAACCGCAAGCCAACUCUGGGAUGAUGGGCAGUUCUUGAGAGACUUGGAGAAGCCUGACGGUGAGCUGGAAGCAGAAGCAAGCCGAAUGACUUUGCAAAACCUUCGUCGGCAGAAUCAGUCUAUGGAGACCUACAUGAUGAGAGUGGUGCGACAGAGGGACUACCUCAAACAUGUUAUGACACUCGCAGACGAAUGUGCGUCGUACUUCGUUCUGGGCUUGGAUGGACCUACAGCAACGACAGAAGAGAUAAAGAAGGCAUACCGUGCCCUGGCGCUCAAGGAGCACCCAGACAAGGCUGGUAUCAAGAACAAGGAGCGCUUCCAAGAGAUCCAGGAGGCUUAUGCUGCCGUUCUGAGGCGGAGCAAAUCGGAUGUUCAGCCAAAGGCUGGAGGGACAGAGCUGGCCUCCUUGCCCCUGCACAAGUUCACGAAGGAUGCAGUCUUCUAUGCAGAGCAGGCCAAGGAUGCGGCGGAAGAGAUUUCGCUCCUGGCCUGUCGCUCCUUUGAGCUGUGUGCACUGGCAGCAGAGGCACGUGGUCUUCAGAAGAGGGCCGCCCUCCGGGAGCUGAUGGCCAUCACUCGACAAGGAUCCGUGCGGCUGCGGGGCUGCAGCACGAACAUGCGGGUCCUGCGGGUGAGCAGCUGCCAUGUUGCAGAAUGCGCGGGUCAGGCGUUGGAAGAGUAUGGGCAGUGGGCAGCCAGCAUCAUGUCAGGUGUCGGUUUGCAGGAGCGAGGGGAAGUGGUCAAGACCACAGGCCUGACCUGCGGGAUGACCGCAGACCAUCUGGAUGACAUGGCUGUCAAUGACGAGAACAUGGUGAGUAUGCUGGAGAACCCAGAGUGCUCCAUCGACCAAGCUUCGGCCAUCAGAGUCUUGAGCGAGAGCACAGCUCGGACUGCCACGGUCGUGCGCUGCGCAGCAGACAAAGCCAUCUGCAUCGCGAACAGCGUCCUCGAGCUGGGUUGCAGCUUAGCCAUGUUGGACCAAGAGCGCCGCAGGGAGAAGGCUCAGAAGACGGAUGUGGUGGAGAGUGCUGUGGGGGAGUCCAACCGGUCGAGCCAGUCGAAUCUUCACAAGUCCGAAUCAAGCGAAACCGGCCUUGGCCUCUUCAGCCCCAAGGCCGGUCACAGAGGUGCUAGGGCAGAUGGUGCCAACGAAGGGGACGACCGUGAAGAUGGCGAGGACCGUGAGGAGUCCGAGGAGGACCACGAGGACGGCGAGGAGGAGGAGGAAGCAGGCAGCAAAGAUGGCCAAGACGGAAAGCCAAAGCAGGCGAAGCUGCUGGUACGCAACCUCCGCUGGCUCGAGAGCCCUGUGAAGUCACCAGAGCGUGUCACAUUAACAGUCCGACAAGGCUGGGCACAAAUCUACAGCAAACAGAAUGACCGAAUCUACCAGACAUAUCCAGGCUUCAUGUCCUUAUCAUGUCCUUACGUCCCGGCAGGUGUCAUUUUGCCCUUGGCGGGUCUCGGAUUCACCGGUCUUCAGGCUUGGCGGACUUACAGGGCUUCUGAUGAGGGGAGAAUCCGCCAGGCUGUAAAGAAGAUGCUGAAGCCCUACCCUGACCCAGAAGGGCGGGUGGUGCCGCGGGAUGUCAUGCAGACGAUCAAGGGCAACAUCACAGCAUGGAGCCGCCAAACCAAGAGGACAACAAUCGUCACUGGCCGCUAUCAGGCAGGCAAAGCAGUGGCGGUCAAUGACGCACUGCGUGGAGUUCGCGGUGUAUUGCAAGUCAGCGUCCGCGACGCCAGCUGGGAAGAGAAAAUGUAUAAGGAGCUCGGCGUCGGCGACUACGGCAUGUUCAAGCAGGUGUUGCAUCGUGUGGCCGUGAAGUUGCAGAAGAUGCCGGACAAUCCCACGAGCUACCCCAUCCUAUUGCUGGAAUUGCCACGCCAAGCCCCCGCAGGCGAAAGCAUGAUGGCGACGGUGUCCAACAUGGCGAAGGAUUUGGCAACCGAUGCAGUCGGCAAUGUCAUCGUUUCCUGCUCCUCUGCCGCCUUUGCGCUGGCUUUCGAUGCUGGUGGUUCCGCUCGCCAACAAGAUGUAUGGGUCGGUGGCUUCGCAAAAGAUGAGGCGAAGCAGUUGGCAAUGUUGAACGGGUGCGGAGAGGAUGACUGGACCAAAAUCCAGCCAAUCGUGGAAAAGUGCGACUACCGUGCCGGAGACGUGGUGGAUGUCUGCACUAUGAUAAAGAGCGGAAUGCCAAGUGAAGACAUCAAGGCGAAGUUGGAGAGGAGGGCGCUUGAUGAAGUGGUUGGCUUCAAGAGCUUGACCGUUAAUGGUGCAGAUGUAGGUCAUCAGAUGCUGCGCGAACUCAGCCAAAGCCCUGCUGGCAUGAGAAAAACUGUAAACAGCGUCCGCUAUGAACCAAGAAAGAUUGCAGCCGAAAUUCGCAAUGAGAACGCACAUGCCGUUCUGUGGCAUCCUUUGAUGGAGCGAUACCUUUUUGCUUCCGAAAUGCACAGGGAAGCCGCUAAGACCCUUCUGGGUCAGCCGUGA